UAAUCUGAAAGCUCGAAUUCUUCCCUCCAAGUUGAUUAGGGAUCUCAUUUUUCUCUGUCCUUGACUCCUCCGAAACCAAUUUCUCCACUAAUGAUCCUAGUAACUGCUCCGAGCGGAUCCGUGCUUUUCAGAACUACACUGAAUACUCAUCGUAGAUGCCACCGUUGUUCUUCGCGCAGAAAGUCAUUCGGUCUUCGGAUUUUUGGUUUUGUGUCCAAAAGUUUAAUGCAUCGGAUGUCAGAGAUUCAUGCUCUAAAGGCGUCGUUGAUCACCAAUCCCGAUGAUUUCGCCGUGGGAAAAUACGUUGGAGAGUACGGGUUCAUGAACGUUACCAGUUAUUCAUCUUUUCAACCUGGAGGGCCUUCUGAUGCUAGAAACAUUGAAGUACCAGGUGUUGGAUAUUCUUCGGAAGACAUUGAGCGUUUAAGAAUCCAAGAUGUUGGAGAAGGCAAAGUGAAAAUUAGGCUUUACGAGGGAAGAGUUGUUCAAGGUCCAUUAAAGGGAGUCCGAGUGAUUUUUAAGGUUUAUCCUGGACGACGUGCUGGUGGCAUUGAAGCAGAUAUGAUGGCUGCUAAUGAGCUGAAAUGUCAUUCUUUCCUUCAAGAAGAUUCAAAAUUUAUAUGUGAAAACAUCCAGAUCUUAUUAGGAGGUUUCGAGACUAGAACUGGAGAGCAGUGGCUUGCCUUUCGUAAUGAUGGGAUAUAUAGUGCAGCAGACUAUGCCAAAGUUACUAGCGAAGUAAUUUCAAAGGAUGUUGCUAAUACUAAAGAGACUAUCUGGUCUUCUUUCAACGGGGAAGGGAAAUUUAAACGUAGAAGGUUUUUUGUUACCAAAUUGCUUAACGGAGCUAUCAAUGGGUUGGCCUUCAUGCAUGAUCAUCAUGAUAGGCUACACCAGAGCAUCGGCCCUGCUUCUGUUGUGCUCAAUACAAUAUCAGAAGGAGAGGCAACAUAUUUAGUGCCCCGUCUCCGUGAUUUAGCCUUUUCAGUUAACAUCAGGUUUGUUUAUUUACUACAUUCCAUCCUCUGGUAUUGUGACGCAGAUGACCGUAUGCAAGAGGCAGUUAGCUUUUUGGAUCUGGGAGAUGGUGCUGGGUGGGAACUGCUCCAGGCAAUGCUUAAUCGUGAUUAUCGACAAAGGCCAAUUGCUGAAGCAGUGUUAAACCAUAGAUUUAUGACAGGCGCAGUACUUUAAGUUCAUGAGAUAUUGUAAGUUCAAAAUAUCUUAAGUGUUUUAUUUGAUUAAGUUCUAUGGCUGGAAAUAAAAAUUUCAACUGUAUGAACUGUUGGUCGCUUGGUAGUAUUUUAAUCAGGGGAAUUGUUCUGAUUAGGCUUGUGAAAAGGCAUUGUAAGUUGUCUAUUGAAAUAAAAGGAAGCAAACUUUAUCCCAAGCGGCCAACUCAGCCAAGAAAUUAAGUUCUAUUGCAC